GCUUGGGAUCGGACAAGUAGCAUUGAGGGUGUUAAAAAAGGCCAUACAAAAAUGCUUGGGAAAGGACAAAGUGGCGGAUACACCUCAGAGGCAACGGGUGAAGUCUUGCAGAGAAUCAGUGCAGUGCCAGUGGACUGCGUCGAUAAGAAGGGCCUCCAGUUGGGUGGCCAGCUGUCAGGAGGUGUGCAGGUGGGGCCUCAGCAGCAGAACCAGCAGCUUCUCCUGACCCCAGCUAGCCUCCAGCUCGCUCAGCUCCAGGCACAGCUUACCCUCCAUCGCCUUAAACUGGCUCAGGGGGGCAAUACAGCCACUGCUGCCACUGUUCUCAAUCAGGUUCUUUCCAAUGUUGCCAUGUCCCAACCCCUGUUUAAUCAGCUACGGACUUCAACAAUGGUUGGGAACCCUCAGGGUGCCUUCCCCACUGGGGUGCUGGGUUUCCCCUCUUCAAAUUCAACCUUGGGGGCCUUGGUAGGUGGGGGAUUCAACCAAAACCCAGGGAAUGUAAGACUGAACCAUCAUGGUGGAGGGACCACAGUGGGCCAACAGGGUUCCGAGUAUGCUAAAAAGUCAGGGCCAGUUUACCCUUCUGAUACUGACAGGCGUCUUCAGUACAAUUUAGUUGGAGGGACAUCUGCAGCAUCAACCACUGCUGGUGAUGGACAGUACACAGUAAUUAGCACUCAGGCAGAAAACAUGAACAAUGUUGGAUAUCAGCGAGAUUUCUAUGGGCAGGAUAUGCAGGGACAACAAGCUGGGUUUAGUGUCAAUGAGCAGAACAUGAAUGUUUAUAACUCCACUGGACAUAAAGAGCAAUGGAAAGGCGGUAGUAACUUGAGUAAUACUGGAAAGGGGGAUAUGGUUUCUGAUGCUGCCAAUGUGUGGACAGCAGCUGGACAGUCAAUUCGGUCCAGAACAGAAUUGUAUAACCCAGAGGAGCCAACCCCUGACCCCAAGUUCAAUCCCAGUACUGGGAUUUCAAGUGGCAUGCAUAGUUUUGGGGGAUACCAGCCCCUGCAUGGAAGUGAGGAAACAUCUUCAGGUACCAGGACACUUCAGCCAUACCAAGUCAAUGAUUACCAUGCUGUUACACCGACUCAACUGCCACACCAAUGUAGCAUCUGUGACAAGAAGGUCUACAACCUCAAGGACUGGGACCAGCACGUGAAGGGAAAACUACACCUGCAGAACCGAAUGUUGUACACAAACGAGGGCUCUGCAGUGGUAUCGGCUGGAGCUGUUCACUACACUGUCGGCAGGCCCUCUGAUGGAGGUCUGAACACCGGAGGGACGAACUCUAUGAUCUACUCUGCUGCAAGUCAAGAUGUAUCCUCAGGAGCCAAUGCAUCAUACUUACCAGCUGCAGCCAUGAAGACUUAUCCCAUGUCAGACACAGGAUUUACUUCACACCAGCCAGAGUCAAAGCCUUAUCCACCCAGAAAGGCCACAGUAGGACGAGUCGUUCACAUCUGCAACCUCCCUGAAGGCAGCUGCACAGAGAACGAUGUCAUCAACCUGGGACUGCCCUUUGGCAAAGUCACCAACUACAUUCUCAUGCGCUCUACCCAUCAGGCAUUUCUGGAGAUGGCGUAUAUUGAAGCAGCUCAGGCCAUGGUUCAAUACUACCAACUGACUCCAGCUAUGAUUAACAAUCAGAAACUUCUUAUACGAAUGUCUAAGAGGUACAAGGAGCUGCAACUAAAGAAACCAGGUAAAGAUGUUCAAUCGAUCAUACAUGAUAUCAACUCUCAGCGGGAAAGGGAUGAAAUACAAGAACUUGAGCACUACAUACCAGAGAGAGCACGAUCCCGCAGCCCCAUCAGCCGCUCCCUGAGUCCUCGUUCACACAGCCCCAGCUUUACAUCAUGCAGCUCAGCACAUAGCCCCCAAGGAGCUCAAUGCAGGGGUCUGGAGAGAAGCACCAAUGGCCUGGGCCCUCGCCGGGGCUCUUGGGACUGGUCGUCACACUUGAGAAGGGGUGAGGAUGAAAGAGAGAGGGAUGACCCAUGGCGGAAUGGAAGCGGCGUGGAUGACGAUCGGCCCAAUGGAAGGGUGGCCGACCGUCGGAAGGCAUACCAAAAACCCUUGGAUUAUAUCAGCUCAAGAUCUGCCGACGAGCGAGGUGGAGAUGAAGGCAUGAGGGGCAACAGAGACUGGUACCCACGAGGCAGCCCUCAAGGCAUGUCCUUCAACUCUUACAGGAACAUGGAAGAUGACUUCUACGCGAAGGAACAGAUGUACAAGUCAGACAAACUGCCCAAACCUUCAUAUCAAAGACAUGAUACCAAGUCAAAGAGGAGAGAUGGGGGUGACUACCACAGUAGGUUGAGGCAUUCGGAGUUUGAGAUGACUGAUGAGCCACUUCGCAGAACACCAGAAGACAAGAAGCAGAGUUCACCAGGCAGGGCGAGGAGCAAAAAAACAAGCAGGAGACACCCCCCCAUGGAGAGACAUGAGAGAGACAAUGCUACUGAAAAUACUAACCACCAGUCUAAAGAAAAAUCAGUUUCACCUCAGCGAAGCAAUAAGACAAAAGAUGUUACUGAAUGUAGUAAAGAUAAACACACCGAGAAGGAGGGGGAGAGUGGAGAUGACACUGAUGAAGAGUGUUGGUAUCCAAAGAACAUGGAAGAACUGGUCACUGUCGAUGAAGUAGGAGGUGAAGAUGAUUCCAUUAUUGAGCCAGACCUUCCAGACCUGGAAGAGUAUAUUUCCUGUGCCAAAGAGUCUGCAGAAGAAGUAGCAGUGGAAGAGAAGUUAUUACCAACUACCUCUUCACUGGAGGUACAAGAGACAUCUAAAGAGAAGUCUAACCAAGAAAAGUCAUGUGGGGAUGCUGGAGACCAGGAAGAAACGUCUGUAACUGAGAAAGCAGAGAAUGUUUUAACUGCAACCAGGACUGAAGAACAGAAGCUCACUCCAGUGAUUUCUGAACCACCAAGUACUAAUCUUAGUGACUUCCCCAGUGAGGAGUUCAAGGCUGCGCUGGAGGAGGCCUGUUUAGAGGGCAAAGACAAAGUAACAAACAGUGAGCCAUUAGAAGUGCCAAUGGAACAUCACAUUAGAGUAUCAGAGGAGAACAAGACCCAGGAAGUACGGCAAGUCACAGAAACAAUCAUUAAUGAGGCCAAAGACAAGGACGGCAGUCUUAAAAAAGAGACCGAAGUCCCCUUAUCAUCUCGAGAGCAAGAUAAGGCUGUCAGUGAACACAGCAUCCCUUUGGGAGUGGAGUUCAUUGUGCCAAGGACUGGCUUCUACUGUAAACUUUGUGGACUGUUCUACACAAGCGAGGAUACUGCAAAAACCACUCACUGCCGCAGCACUGUACACUACAGGAACCUGCAGAAAUACCUGUCCCACCUAGCAGAGGAGAGUCUCUCAGGUGCACUCGCUGAACCUUCAGCUAUACAGUGACAUCAUCUUAACCUCUGACCUCCACAGUCAGCGGCAGCAGAAGGAUUCAUGUGUAUGUGCUGUUGGUGCAAAGCUAUGGAUAACGGGGAGAGUGUGGCACAUGAAAGCUAGACUAUGUGGAUAAUUGCACUGGUUUUCAUAUUUUGAUAAAAGAGAUGCUUGAAUGUCUAGAAUGAUAGUACAAACAAUAAAUGCUCUGAGUUUUGUACAUAUCUGAAGUGUCAUGUAUAGUGAGGCUACAAUAUUUAUUGCCAUGUUUGUUUGUUUUUUUUGGUUUAUCAAUUUUCUUACAGUUUAUUUUAUUGGAUUGUGUGUGGAAUGGAGAUGUAUUUGAAAUGACAUAAUAAUUAGACAAACUUAUACAGUAUGGGCUUUAUUAGUCCAUUUGGCGGGUUUAAAUCAAUUAUUCUCAUUUUAAAUUUGGCCUGUACAUUGUCCUAGUAACAAUGAUACAUUUAUAGCUACAAAAUUACUUGAAACUUGUGCCAAGGAAUGUUUUUACUCAGUAAAAAAAACUGAGGCAGAUUCUCAGGUUUGUUGU